ACCAAAGAAAAAAAAAAGAAAAAGAAAACCUCCGUACAUUAUUUUCAUGCUAAAUUGACCUCAGCCCACGUUCAAUAUCAGUCGAGGGAAGUUCCCCAUCGACCUGGAAGCUAGAACGAGGAAUCGGUGGAAUUUUCGGGAAGGGUUUGUAGGGUAGGUUAGCACACCUUAAGUUAAGAAGAAACAUGCACCGGCGGCGGCGAUACUAGUGGAGCGUGGGCUAAUACCUGAACCCAAGAGAACAGAGGCCAGAGGGGCCGAGAAGUGAGAACAAUGAAAGGCAGCCGCAGGACCAUUCAGGCUAUACUAAGCAGUACUGGCAGGUCGUUUUCCUAUUCCAUUCCAAGGGUCUACUCCCCAUCUCUGUCGUAUGUGAAGAAAAGGCUUUCUUUCUUAGCAUCCUUCCCUACCCAGAGACUGCCCCUCCAAAGCCCUUUUCUUUCUCGUUUGCUUGACUUCCCUCGUAAACCCAACUCCUCCGUAGUUUCUUCUUCUGUUACUCUUCGGCUUGUGAGUACCAGCAGCUCCUCCUCCUCCUCCUCCGAAGAACAGCAAGAUAUUGAUGUCGACCCUAACGAACACGAAGACCCAUUUCAAUGUGAAACAAUUGGAGAAGGAGAAUCCACAGAUGGAUGGGAAGAAGAGGAUGAGGCCGAGCCUGAGAUUGGAGAUGGAGGUGAUGGUGGUGGAGUUGUUUUUCAAGGUGUCCCAUGGGGUGAAUCGACUCUCUCUAUUGCCUGUGACGUCUUGUUGCAAUUUGGCAAUGACAUGAAACUCUAUGCUUUCAAGACGACUCCUCGUGGAUAUGUUUAUGUGAGGCUGGAUAAACUUACAAAUGAAUAUGGUUGUCCCAGCAUGGAGGAGCUUGAGAGCUACAGUCAAGAAUUCAAGAAAAGAUUGGAUGAAGUUGGAGAACUUGGAAAAAUACCUAAUAAUUUGGCUCUUGAGGUAUCAUCUCCAGGGGCAGAGAGGAUGGUAAAAGUACCGGAUGAUUUGGAUCGGUUUAAAGACAAGCCUAUGAGAGUGUGCUAUGUAGAUGUGGAGUCUAAAUGUCAAGAAAAGGAUGGUGUCUUUAUGCUGGAUUCCAUGGAAACAGAAUCGGAGAGUUGUGUGUGGAAGUUGGCAAAUGUGAAGGAAAACAGGGACCCUGAAAGUAAAGGUAGACCUUUAAGCCGUAAACAGAAGGAUUGGAGAUUAAAAGUGCCAUUUGGGAUGCAUAAAAGGGUGUUCCUGUACCUUGAAUACUGAAAUUUUACUAAUUGAGUUGUAUUGAAGACCGCGAGAUGACAUGAUGAAGUUGUCUUUGUGUUAGUUGAUGAAAAGAUCCACUACAAAAUGCAGAUUUUGUGCGGCAUUCCUGGAUCCCCACUCCAGUUUUUUAGUAUCCCAACUCCUUUAAUUUGCAAACCCCUCCAUCUCUUUUUGUUGUUGUUGUUGUUGUUGGUGGGUAGUGGGCCGAAACUUUGGUCUGGGUUCCAUGGUGGAUGGCCCAGCCCAAUGUGCAAACGUUAGUCUACGUGUAGUCCUUCCGUCCGUACGUACAAUUGUACAAAGUAAUUAUGGAGUCGCUUCUUUGUAAUUGACAAAGAAGAAAAGAAGACAAGGAAGGAAAGAAGACACUUUACUUGACAGCGUGAUAUGAACAGAGGCUCUUUUAAGCGA